AUGAGACGGCUGGAUUGCACUGACGACCAUCGUCGACUUGUUAAUUAUUUGUUUAAUCCGAAUCGAUACGAUCCAGUGGUCAGACCAGUAUUAGAUAAAUUAAAAACUACGGAAAUGGAAAUGAAGUUAUUUGUAGCGCAGGUUUUAGACAUGGAUGAAAGAAAACAAACGUUGAAAACGAAUGUAUGGUUAACGCUGGAAUGGAUUGACGAAUUCAUGAUUUGGAAACCGGAAGAUUACAACAAUAUCACAGAUAUCAAAAUCCCUACGCAAAAACUGUGGAUGCCAGACCUGACGCUCUAUGAUAACGCUGAUAAAUACGUGGACUUUCUGAGAGGAAAUAACCGACUAGUAGUACUUGAUUACGGGGGCAUUGUACACUGGGCAUCUCCGGUCAUUUUCAAAACCUAUUGCAAGAUUGGUGUAAGGUUAUUCCCAUUUGACCGUCAACAGUGUCCAUUGAAAUUCGGGUUAUGGCAAUAUAAUGGAAAUGAAGUAUACGUCAACGGAUCAGGUGACACGACAGUCUUCAAAAGUGAUGGCGAGUGGGAAAUGGAAAAUCUGCUGGCCGAAGGUCAUGUCGAGUACUACCCAGACGCACCUGGCAUUCCGUACACAGACGUUACUUAUACGGUGUUAUUCAGACGAAGAUCGCAAUAUUAUAUUUUUAAUCUCAUCAUGCCGUGUAUUUUAAUCUCCAUCAUUUCGAUGCUGAAUUUCUUUUUACCUGCUGAUUCUGGAGAGAAGAUUAGUCUGGGCAUUACAGCGUUGCUGUCUCUCACGGUGUUUCUUCUCCUAAUUGCUGAAACCAUGCCUCCUUCAAGUGAAGUUCCCCUCAUAGGGCAAUACUAUGCUGCUACCAUGGUGCUGGUUUCGUUGUCACUUGUAAUGACAGUCAUGGUUCUUAAUUUACAUUAUCGCGGACCAUCUAGCAAGCCGGUUCCCCGGUGGGUCAAGAGGUUGGUGCUUGGACACUUGCAAACCUUUCUGCUGGUACGAAAUCCUCCAAAUUUUAACGAAAACUUCAGAAAAAGCCGACGCAAGAUGAGAAGAAGGGACUUUACAAUAUCGGAAUUCGUUCCCUAUACAGAAGAUGGAAGGGAAUCCCCCAUCAACGGUAUCAAAUUUGGCGGACGAUUAAAAAGGCCGAAUGAAAACAUGAACAGUGCCAACCACAGCGAGCCUCAAGCCACUGAACACUCUGCGCUUAUGAAGCAUAUAGUACGAGAAAUGAAGAGUAUCACAGCGAGGCUAGACGAUCAGGACAAACACUCUAUUCUUCAUUCUGAGUGGAAACAGGUUGCCUUGGUGAUUGAUAGACUCUUUUUAAUAAUUUACUUUAUCGGAACCUCCUUAACAAUUGUGUACAUUUCGAUUAAUAUUCCCAUGGGUUGA